UAAUGGUCACGUGGCUCAUCAUAUGAUGUCCCAAAAUGGCGCCGUAAGCAACAAAGUUUCGCUUCUCUUCCCAAACUUUGCACGAAUUGGAGGAAAAAGGGGAAAUACUGACAUCUUUUGGUAGUUUGACUUGUUUGAGGAGGCAAACAUGGCGACCAAGAACUAUACUGUCCCGACUUUGGCGAAAUGGUUUAACAGCUUUCCCCACUACAAUCUUCAGUUUCUUCAGAUCAACAACACUUUUUCACCGGAGGAGUCCGAUUACCAAGAGGCUUUAGGGUUCUGGGCAGCCGUCCCUGCGGCCUGGUUGACAGUGACGCUGUUCUUCUUCCUGGUGUACUUUUGUGCAAGAUGUUGUUCCAACGGCACGGCGAGGAAACAUCCGGCGUAUUGUCUGAGGUGGACCAUUGGGAUUCUGUCCCUCAUUGCACUGACGGGUGUGGCCAUUGGUCUCUAUGGCAACGUGGAGGCAAACCAAGGUGUCCAUGACUUUGCUACUGCCACAGAAAGUGCCAACAAGACCAUCACGGGGGUGGAAACUCAGGUCAAUGUUAUGAACAGCGGUCUUACAGAUAUGAUGUCACCACUGGAUCGACUCAGAGAUCUUGUGACUGAAAUCCCUGGUGCUGAAAAAAUCAUUAACGACACUAUUGCAGAGGUGAAGAAACUCGUAAGUGAGUUGGGGACCAUUCCAUUUGACCAGGAAGGUGUGAAUUUGCAGUUGAUAGCAGAUGACACCAGGUUCUAUGAAUACUACAGGUUCAUGGGGACAGUCCUCCUACUUGUGUUGGAGAUUGUGGUUGGACUUGUGGCUCUGUGUGGGGUCGGACGAGGAUCCAGAUGUCUCCUCAUUUUUAUGACAUGUCUGGCCUUCCUGUGCCUGUUUGUCUGCUUUGGAGGUGGUGCAGUGUACUUAGCGGCUGGUGUGGGAGCAGGAGACUUUUGCGUGAGCCCCUCAGCUUACAUCAAAGAUCAAGUGAAAGACGAAGUUAUUCCCAAAGCUGUACUGGAGUAUUACAUCAACUGCCACCCAACUUCAGUCAACCCCUUCUCUCAGACGAUCUCCCGAGGAAGAGAUGGAGUUUCUCAGGCUAAAGACUUUCUGCGAGAGGUUGAAGGACUAACAACAAACCUGCCAGGAGCCAAGGAAAUUAUCACAGAAAUAGGAGGAAAGCUGAAUACAACAGAGUCAAGCUUUGACGAAUUGGUAGCCCUGGUCCGAUGUCAAAAACUGAACGAGGAAUAUGUUGAUGCCUUGAAUGCCGUCUGCUAUGAUGCACUGGAGGGAGUGGCCUACAUGCUAGUCUCCUCAUUGGCUGUUGGACUGCUGUUUACCGUUUCCAUGGUACUGGCAUCGUUGGCAUGGCAACGACUUGGCAGGAGGAAACAGUACAUAGAGAUUGAUGAAGAAGAUCCGUUCCUCCCUCCAAGUGGCAUGACCCCCACCAUGAACAGGACCUCUCAGGGACCACUCACACUACAAGCAGAUAUACAGAGAGGACGAUGGGACCACUACUUGCGAGGUGGUGAUCGUGGUGAGAGAGAGCCUUUAAUGAGGGACAACCGGACGCCACCUCCUUCGUACACCUAUGCAGUGAGGGAUAACAGAGACAGAAUGCAAGACAACCAACAGAACCCAACUGUAGAGAAGCGUCAGUGGUGAAACGCUGGUCCUCCCUUCAUCAACCAAAAAUUUAUAAUUCACGUUUUACUCUGGAGGAGAUCUUGAUUUUAAUAUUGAUCCAUCCCCUCUUCAAAGGAAAUAUGCAUAGGGGAGUUCCCAAAAAAUUAUAUUAGGGAAUUUUGUUCAGAUUAACCAAAACUUGAAUUUGAAAUGCCAAAAAUAUAAUGCAAAUAUGUUAAGGUAGGCUUACAAAGGCCAAAUUCAAUAUAGAUUUUUAACUUCAGAAUACUUGUGAUUUUGUCACCAAUAUUCUACUGUUUGUGUCUUUAAAGGUAAACAGAAUUAUUGUAGAAUAUACCAAAAUGUCCUUGUUAAAAAUUAUAUGUAGACACUGUGGAAAUAUUUGAUAUAGGUGUUUGAUAUUUGAUAUCUGUAUGUAAAAAAAAUAGGCAUGUCUUGUAGUAUAAUUUAAAGUGAUGGAGUAUGUUGUAAACUUUUGAAUGUUUUGAAAGCAUAAUUUAUACAGUUACAGUAUGACACCUGCGUGUAUGUAAUAAUGUUUCAGUGUCCAAAGAUAAAGAAAAUGUACAAAAUUGCGAUAUAUAUGCUGAAAUGUAAAAAAAAAAGUAAGUAUCAAAUUGUUCCUUUGAUAUGGACAAUUUUAUCAGAUUUUAUAACAAAAUCUAACUUCCAUUGAAUAUAUUUUCACAGUAUUACACAAAAUAGGAUUUGACUAUGCAUACCUCUAAUUGUAUUAAAAACUGUUUUACAGUGAGUAACAUACAUGUAGCUCAAAAUCUGUGAUAAGUUUUAUUUGUGACAUAUAGAUGUUAUCAUACUUAAAGUAUGACACCUAAAAAAAAGAAAAAAAUAUUACUAUUACACAAAGGAAUUUAUUCAAAAUGUGAUUGAAUAUUUUGGUUAUGACCAUGUAUAAUAUCCUCCACGGCAUCUGUAAGUUUGUACUUGUACAAAAACUUCCAAGCAAUUUUAUGAGUCCUAUAGGCCAAGGAAAAUUGAUCUUGUAUUUCUACUUACAGUCUUGCCAGAAAAUUAGGUUCAGUACUCUGUAUCAAUGCAUCAGACACUGGUCAUUUGAACAUUGUAUCAUAACCAUACACAUUUGUAUAUGUAGUUCAAGCACAAGUGCUUAGGUUUGGUUGAUCUGUUGCUAUAAAUUUUUCUAUGACUGAUUCUACAAAGUUUUCAUCUCUCGUUCGUUUGAUCAGAAAUUUUAGAUCCUAUUUCCGAAAUCAGGCUAGGGUGGGUCGGGUUGGCCCUGGGAAUCACAACAUUUUCCCAAGGCCUUAUAUUAGUCCUCCUUAGGGUAUUGUUAGACCAGAUGUUGUAAGUGAAAUCAUGUCAACAAACCAUCAACUGUAUGUACUGAACACCUGUGUCAUAACUGACUUCCUUUUUGUAUCAUUCACAUCUUUGAACUCAGUUGUCUCUGGUUUUAAAAUACAGGAAGCAAGGAAAAUGUCAAACAAUGGCAAAUGUCAUAAUGCCACAUGCAAUGAUGCAAUUUGUGCCAUCGCGACAUUUAGCAUUGUUCGUUUCAUUGGUGAUUUCCUUUAAAUAAAGGAAGAACUUGUCAUUGCCUACUGUGGCAGUAAUAUGUUUUAAUUCACCAGGUUUUUAACGAAAAACUAUGAAUUGGUAUGAAAAUGAUCGGGUUGUGUUCAUUGGUCUGCUACUUCUUUUCUACAGAUGAAAGUAAAGUAGAUUAACCACAGGUGUUGUUAUUGUAGUAGCUCAUAUGUCAAUGACCAUUAGAAAAACUAGCCACAGCUUGCUCUCAUGAUAAUAAGCACGUUCACUAUUCCAAAUGCACAUGUCCAGUAACAGGAACUGAAUAAUAUGUCAUAGGUGAAUGCCCUUGAGAUAUAAUGAAUUAAGUCUGGACUUUGUUGAUAUGCAAAUGGACAAUGGUCAAGACGAAUCAGAGGCCUUGCGCUUUGACAUAUUACCCACAAUCCAUGUCACUGACACUGCACAUGCGUACUUGGAAAGGAGAAUGUGCUUUUUUGCAUGGGUUGGGUCUCAAAGGUAUUGAAAUCUGACUUAAUGAUGUCUUGUUAGUAGUAGAAAGAUGUGUGAACCUCCUUUUGAAAACAUUGGUUGUGUAUUUUGCUUUUUGGUGUGCAAUUUUGUAAACCCUCAUGAAGUUUGGAAAUUUAUGUUAGAUCAAUAAUAUAAUCCGUUUUAAAUGUA